GCCUUAGCUUUGCUCAUCGUAUCAUAUGCCACCUGUGUACAUUCCUCUCCGCAUGGAAAUUUAUUUCAUUUGGUUUGGUGAGAUCACAAGCCCUGCCAAAAACCCUGAACCCUUCUCGUCACGGAUUUAGGGUCUCAAUCAUCACCAUCAUCAAGCUCGAUCUGCUUGUCCUUUGAAAGGAGGUGUUGUUUCCCCGCAGAGAUCUCGAUUUUUGGCGGGUGACACAGAGCAGAAUGAGCUCCGAUGAAGAUUCUGAAGUUAGUGAGUCUGAGAUCGAGGAUUAUGGAGAUAAGGAGUAUGAAUUGAUGAAGAAUGGGAAACACAAAGUCAAAUUCGCAGAGGAUGUCUUUCGGUGUCCAUUUUGUCAAGGGAAGAAGAAACAAGACUACCGCUACAAGGAUGUCAAGCAGCACGCUAUUGGGAUAGCGAAUUCUCAUAGUAAGAGUGCUAAAAACAAGGCAAACCACUUGGCAUUAUCUAAAUAUCUGGAAACGGAGCUAGCACCAGUAGUGGUGGUUCAAGCUCAGCCUAAAGUUGAGGCUGAUCAGGACCGUGAUGAACUUUUUGUUUAUCCUUGGGUGGGUGUUAUUGCCAACCUUCCUACCGAACGGAAAGAUGGAAAAUAUGUAGGAGAAAGUGGUUCUAAGCUCAGAGACCAGUUCACUAGACAAGGAUUUAAUCCUGUGAAGGUGCAACCUCUAUGGAAUUUUCGAGGUCAUUCAGGAUAUGCUCUUGUAAUUUUUAACAAGGACUGGCCUGGAUUUCACAAUGCAAUGUCAUUUGAGAAGUUCUUUGAAGCGGAUCAUCAUGGAAAGCGAGAUUGGUGUGCAAAGAAGCACCGUGGGACUAGUCUUUAUGGCUGGGUGGCACGAGAGGAUGACUACGAUGGUGGAAAUAUUGUUGCUGAACACCUGGUAAAAAUUGGGAACCUAAAAACUACCGCUGAUAUUGUGGCAGAAGAUGAGAGAAAGACGAAUAAACUUGUCUCAAAAUUGGCUAAUGAUAUUGAAGUCAAAAGUAUGAAAAUGAGAGAAAUUGAGUGUAAAUACAAUGAAACCAACCGAUCUCUGAGUAACUUGAUGAGUCAGAACGAUAAGCUUCAUCAAAGAUAUAACGAUGAGCUUUCAAAGAUGCAACAGACUGCAAAGAAUCAUUUCCAGAGGAUUUGCCAUGAGCACAAUAAAGUCAAAUCGGAGUUGGACACUCAAAGGAAGGAGCUCGAGCGUCGUACAUCAGAACUGGAAAAGCGUGAGGCCCAGAAUGAAACUGAGCGGAGCAAAUUAGCAGAGGAAAAGUUACAGAAUGCCACAAAGAAUAGCUCUCUUGAAAUGGCUAGUGUGGAGCAAAAGAAGGCGGAUGCAAAUGUACUUAAGCUAGCUGAAGACCAGAAGAGAGAAAAGGAAAACCUACAUAACAGAAUACUUGCUUUAGAGAAGCAACUGGAUGCAAAACAAGCACUGGAGCUGGAAAUCGAGCGUUUGAAGGGAAAUCUAAAUGUGCUGAAGCACAUGGGAGGAGAUGAGGACGAGGCAUUCAACAAACAGAUGGAUGAAAUGUCUAAGAACCUGAAAGAGAAAGAGGGAGAACUGGAAAGUCUUGAAGAUCUCAACCAGGCUCUGGUAGUCAAGGAGCGUAAAAGCAAUGAUGAGCUACAGGAAGCUCGUAAAGAAUUAAUUAAUGGACUGAGAGAAAUGUCUGGUCGUGCUCAUAUUGGGGUCAAGAGGAUGGGAGAACUUGAUAACAAACCAUUCAAUGAAGCAUGUAAGAGGAAAUAUGGCAGUGUAGAUGUUCAAGCUACACUGAUGUGCUCCACUUGGGAAGAACACCUUAAAGAUCCAGACUGGCACCCUUACAAAAUCAUCAAAGUGGGGAACAACCAUCAGGAAAUUAUAAACGAAGACGAUGAUAAGUUAAAGGGUCUGAGAGAAGAUUAUGGUGAGGACGUUUACAGUGCUGUUUCAACCGCUCUCAUGGAAAUGAACGAGUAUAACCCUAGUGGAAGGUACGUUGUUCCAGAAUUAUGGAACUUCAAGGAGAACAGAAAGGCUCCUUUGAAAGAAGUGGCGGCAUUCAUUCUUAAGCAGUGGAAGACCUCUAAGCGAAAGAGGGCUUAAGGUUGAUGGUAUAGUAUAUAGCAUUUCAUGAUAAUAAUCAGCAAAUAUAGUUGGUAGCAAAGACAGCAAGGCUUGUUAUUUUGUGGUAUUUCUGAAACAAAUGAUUAUUUUGUCAUCAAGGACUUGCUGUAUAUUCCUUCUUAGCAUCUUGCUCAUGGUGUUUUGGUUGUGGUUGUUUUAACAUUGCAAUUAUGCAUUGUGUGACAUGAUUAAUAUUCAUGCUGGUUGCUAGAACAAA